CAACCACACACCAACCCACCCACCCACCCGUUGACGCACCACCGCCCCACUCCCCUCUCUCUCUACUCUCUCUCUAAAUGCAAGACCUCCACCGCUACCCUCUCCGUCCCACCGCCGGUUUCCGCCUUGAACUCACCCCGACAACCACUUCCCCACUCGCCAUCGACGUCUCCGAAUCCACAGAAAUGAGGAUCCAACGCCUCAUAACCGAGAAUCCGGUAAUAAUAUUCAGCCGAUCAGGUUGCUGCAUGUGCCACGUAAUGAAACGACUCCUGUCAUCACUCGGUGUCCACCCUACCGUCAUCGAGCUGGAGGAGGGUGAGAUCGACGCGCUCUCCGCGUCUCAACAAGACGGCGGAGAGACGGUGGCUCCCGCGGUGUUCAUCGGUGGAGCGCGUGUUGGUGGAUUAGAGGGUCUUGUUGGACUUCACUUGAGUGGUCACCUUGUUCCAAAGCUUGUGGAAGUUGGUGUUCUGCCGUUGUAACAACCUCAGACAAGGGUAUUGUGGUCAUUUUAUAUAUUUAUAAAUUUAUAUAUAUAUUUUAUAUAUUUGUCUUCUUGUUUUGUUUUGGUUUAUGGGGUUUGCAAUUCUUUUCUAUGCACCAAUUUCAUUUCCUAAUUGUAAAAAUGCAAGGUUAAGUUGGAUUAUUAUUAUUGCUAGAUGCUGUGUUGUGAACCGUUCGUUUG